GAUAUGCUUAAAACAAAAACACUUUCAAUAUAUGAACAAUUAAAAAAUAGUGGUAUGGAAUUUCUAACUACAUUUGAGGCAUCUAAUAGUUGGACCAUAUCUGGAGAAAGUGAAUCAGCUGAUAAAGCUGCAAUUGAAAGUAGACAAUGUCAUUUUCAAGAAUUACUUAAUAAUUGUCAUCCUGAUAAUAUUCUUAAUGCUGAUGAGACAGGCCUUUAUUUUUGUCUUGGACUAAAUAAAAAACUUGCAUCUAAAAGUGAUACUGCUAAAGGAUAUAAAAAAGACAAGUCACGUCUUACUAUACUUCUUUGCUAUAAUGCAUCAGAAACUCAAAAAUUUAAACCAUUUUUAAUUGACAAAAGUGCAUAUCCAAA